AUGCCAGCUCAAUUGAAAGUUAACCAAGAUACACUUACCUUGAACACCGGUGCUAAAAUCCCAGCCGUUGGUUUGGGUACUUGGCAAUCAGCCCCGGAUGAUGUUUACAACGCCACUUUGACAGCUUUGAAAAAUGGUUACAGACACAUUGAUACUGCUGCUAUUUAUGGUAAUGAAGAAGAUGUUGGUAGAGGUAUUAAAGACUCCGGUGUUCCAAGAGAAGAAAUCUUUGUCACUACCAAAUUAUGGAAUACUGAGCAUAAAAAUGUUCAACAAGCAUUGGAUAUUUCUUUGAAAAAAUUGGGAUUGGAUUAUGUUGAUUUAUAUUUGAUCCAUUGGCCUGUUUCUACUGACAAGGCUACCAAUGCUCCUUAUCCAGAUUAUGAUUUUGUUGAUGCUUAUAAAGAAUUGCAAAAAAUUUACAAAACUACUAAUAAAGUCAAAGCAAUUGGUGUUUCCAACUUUACCGUUAAGAAAUUGGAAAAAUUGUUGACUUCUGAAGGUGUUGAUGUUGUUCCAGCCACUAACCAAGUUGAAGCUCAUCCAUUGUUGACUCAACCAGACUUGUACAACUAUUUGCAAGAAAAAGGUAUUGUUUUGGAAGCUUAUUCUCCAUUGGGUUCAACUGGUUCCCCAUUAUUCAAAUAUAAAGAUGUUCAAGCAAUUGCUGAAAAGAAUCAAGUUGAACCAGCACAAGUUUUGAUUUCUUGGGCUGUUCAAAGAAAAACUGUUGUUUUACCUAAAUCAGUUACUGAUGCAAGAAUCAUUUCAAAUUUGAAAACUUUUGUUUUAUCAGAUGAAGAUUUCGAAACUUUGAAUAAGAUUUCUUUAACUGAAGGUGAAGUUAGAACUUGUGACCCACCAUUCAACAAUUUCAAAGAUUAG